UUCUCCUGUUGUCCAGGCUGGGCUGUUCAGAGGGAGCGUUUGUGUCAGUAAUGCGAAAUCUCCAAGCUAGGCGGAAAUGACCUGCGGGUGAUUGUGCCUUGAAGAAGCCCGAAUCUACCUUUUGAAGCCAUGAAGUCCAGCAGGCCAAAAGAUGCCAGUAAUCAAUAUUGAGGACCUGACAGAGAAGGACAAAUUAAAGAUGGAAGUUGACCAGCUCAAGAAAGAAGUGACACUGGAAAGAAUGCUAGUAUCCAAAUGUUGUGAAGAAGUAAGAGAUUACAUUGAAGAACGAUCUGGCGAGGAUCCACUGGUAAAGGGGGUCCCAGAGGAAAAAAAUCCCUUCAAGGAGCUCAAAGGAGGUUGCGUGAUUUCAUAAUACAAAAAAAAAAAAAAAUCCUCGGGAAUAUCUCAAAUGUUAAUGACAAUUAUGGAUUUUUCUCAUAUGUGAUACUAUUACUAAGCACGUAUAUGAUUUUUAAAUUUAUAGAUGCAAGCUUUUAAUAAAAAUUGGGAUGAGGUAACCC